AUGAGGACCAUACUACAGAGAGGCUGGUUGAUCUGCAGACAUUUUCCAGCAUGCAGGCUGUGCAGGAAUGUCGGGAGCUAUGCUUCCUUCCAGGAGGUGUCCAGGCUGCAGGAGAAGAAGAUGAAGAGUAUAUUGUAUCCGGUGACAGAUCUGGAGAGGAUAGUCAGUCCCAGUGUGGACCGGACUAAUUUUAGGCUGUUUGACCCUCUCAUUGAGGAAAUCUCCACUGCCGAGAGCUUGUUCAGACCUUCCGGAAGGCAUGUCAUCGAUUAUGUCACAUCAGCUGUCAGAAUGGAUCAUACACCUGACCUGCAGCAGCCUGAGGUUUGUUUCAUAGGAAGAAGCAAUGUGGGAAAAAUCUUCACUCAUCAAGGCGCUGUUUGCGCUGGUCCCUGGAAUUGAUGUGCGAGUCUCCAAAACACCAGGUCACACAAAGAAAAUGAACUUUUUCAAAGUGGGAAAAGCCUUCACCCUGGUGGACAUGCCGGGCUACGGGUACAGAGCUCCCGAGGACUUUGCUGAAAUGGUGGAAUCGUACAUACAGGAGAGACACAAUUUGAAAAGGACAUUUCUACUAUUGGACAGUUCCAUAGGAAUUCAGGAGGCAGAUCUGAUUGCAGUGGAGAUGUGUGAGGAGUUAGGAAUUCCUUACGUUUUUGUGAUGACAAAGAUUGACCGGUCUCGGGCUGCUGUGCUGUUGAUGCAGUUCCUUCAGCUACAGGAAUUCAUAAAGACUAAGACAAUGGGGUGCUUCCCUCAGCCCUUCCUGGCCAGCUCUGUGAAUUUCACAGGAAUACACCUUCUGCGAUGCUUCUUAGCUCAUGUAACGGGAACCUUGCCUAAAAUCGGAUGA